UUUAGUGACCAAAAUAAAUGACCGUUAAAGCAACAAGCGCAGAACUUUGAACUGUUUGUGCACUAUAUAAAGCGUCACCCACGCUGCGCUCACAAGAGAACCCAGCAAAAUGGUGUCUGUAAUUUUAGCGGGGGCUUUAUGGACAAUCUUCCUGGUGAUUUGCUCAAUUAAUGAAGCUGAACAAAAAGUCUUUCUCAACAAAGAAAAUGCGGAUGAGAUCCUUGGACGACAUAAACGUGCAAAUUCUAGAGGAGAAGAAGCGUUAACCGGUAACAUAGAACGUGAAUGUAUUGAAGAGGUCUGUAGUUAUGAAGAAGCCCGGGAAGUAUUUAAAGACACCUACAAUACGGAUGUAUUCUGGUCACUGUAUAUUGAUGGGGAUCAGUGUUCACCCAACCCCUGUCUGAACGGAGGAAUGUGUGCGGACAGCGUGGGGAGAUAUGACUGCAACUGCAAAGCAGGCUUCUCUGGAGACAGGUGUGAAACUGAUAAUACACAAUGCCGUGGCAACUGCAAUCAGUUUUGUAAGCCAGGGUAUAAAUCGUAUGCUUGUUUCUGUGCCGAAGGAUAUGAGCUUGAUAAGAGAGACAGAAACAAGUGUAAAGCUGUUGUGGAUUUUCCUUGUGGAAAAGUGAAGAAGCCAAGUUCCUGGAAUCUGGUUUCAUUGUUGUGUGCAGAAGAAGAAUGCCCCUGGCAGGUUGAGUUAAAAAAUGAAGAAACCAAAACAUUUUGUAACGGUGUCAUCCUGAGCAAGAAAGCAGUUCUAACCACAGCCAGCUGCACUUUGAAAUUCGCCAACUUUUAUGUUUCUAUAGGAAAACAGACUCAAAAGCAAGUCCUGUAUGUCAAGACCAUUAACUUACAUCCAAGAUAUAUGAAAAACAGCUAUGAGAAUGACCUUGCUGUGGUGAAACUGAGAGAGGAGAUCACAUUAAAAAAAGCAGUGGUCCCCCCCUGUCUUCCUGAAAAAGACUUUGCUGAGAAUGUAUUGAUGAAGGCGGGGCAGAAAACAAAAGCCACUAGCUGGCAAAUGAAUGGUGAUGAAUUCUUUGACCUUCUGCUCAAUAUCCAAGGCCUUAACUAUGAGCCUCUAGAUUGGUGCCAACAAAAACACAACUUUACCAUCACCAGCAAAAUGUUCUGUGUCCAAGCAGACAAUGAAGAUUCACUUUGCAAGUCAUCCCCAGGGAGUCCUCUUAUCACAUCCCACAAGGAUUUCAGUUAUCUGACUGGCAUUCUCAUUGCCGCGCCCAGUGAAUACAAGUGCAGAAAUGGGUACGUUUACUUCAAAAUAUCAAGAUAUCUCUCCUGGCUCAAGCCUUUGCUCAGAGAUGCCUAAAUGCAAAGCAAAACAGUGCUCUCUACAAAGGAAAGUACAAAUGCAAGUCUUGUAGCUGUUUAUACAUUUGAAGCCUGCGUCACAUUUUAAAAUCUUCAUUUUGUUGACUAGCAGCGUCAGUUUAAUAUACAGUAGCUUGCUUCUUUUUGUAUUGGGCUCUUAUUGUGCAUGCAUGCCAGAAAUGAAGACCCUCACAUUUGUUUAAUUCUCUUCCCAUUCUGAUUGUCCCUUAUGAAGACUGUUUAACACUAAACCUGAACUUUUUGCAUCCUAGUUCAUGUUGUAUUUUAGUAGUAUUAUUUGCACUUGCUGUAAACUACACUGUAUUUAAAUAUGAAUCUUGCAUUGUAACC